AUGCUUUUCCCGCCGCGAGAUGACGGUGUGAAUCUGGUUGCAAAUGCGACGUUGCCUAAUCCAUCCGUCAUGACCAUAGAAAUCGGAACCAUAACCAUGGACUUGAAAAGCAAGGAUCUCACAAUAGGGAAUGCAACUAUCAACAAUCUGACGUUGCGACCCGGCAACCACUCGACACCACUCGAGGGAGUGGUAGAUAUGCACACAGUUACAGAGAAUCUCCUGCCUCUGCUACAGGCGCAAAGAGACUCUUUACGGAGCGGGUAUCUCAGCCUCGAUGCUGUCACGCGAGAGGUGGAAUAUGAUGGCGUCAUGAUCCCAUAUUACACUGAGGUCAUGCGUGAUUUGGUCCUUUCGGCGAAGGUACCAGUCAAUGAUUUGCUGAUCAACUCGGUACAAGGGAUACUUCACGACAACAGUUCCGGUCUCCAAUCGGUACUGGAUGACAUUAGGGAACGGAGUGCGGCGAAGGGAGACAUCACAUCAAGCGUCGGUAUCAAGCAUCGGAGAUGA